AUGGAGGGGUCGGGCUCGUUAGCGCGGCUCCCGGAGGACAUCGAGCGGGAAAUCGUCGCCGCGUACUGCGGCCUCGCGUGUCUACUGCCCGAGGCGCUGGGCCGAAGAAACACCUACAAAGCGUGCUUGGCCGAGCUUGAUUACAUCAGGCACAACGUCCAGGCGGGCACCAGUAUCAAACAGCGAACAUUAAGGGAGUGGGCCGAACGUCCCGUCGCGAAAAAGCCCGACGACGUCAUGUGGCGCCUCGAGCAGUGGCACCGCCAGCGUACCCGUCCACCUCCCAGAAAUUACGCGGCGUUCCGCGGCCUCGCGACCGUGUCUCUACUCGUCGCCUUCCUCAUCCUACAUAGCAUAUUCUAAGUAC